AUGGACUUGAAUGACAUUUUAUCCGAAACAAUGUUUCGCUGGAUGAACGAAGCCGAGCAAGUCAUUGCUAGUGUGGGUGGUGGUAGAAAAGUCUUCAAACUGGAGUUCGAUUGCGACGGCAUGCCUGAUAUCGCGAAAGAGAUGUUUGAUCUGGCACAAGAAGGUGCGGCAUGGCAAGUUGCGAUUGGCCUCUCGUUGCAGAAGAUAGGAUCCUCAGGCGACGCGCUCGAGUCGGGCUUUCUGAAACUGUUCUCAUGGGAUCCAUCUGGCCUGCUCCACGAUAAGCUACACCGGAUGGAAGAUCCCGCAUCUCUAUCGUGCAGCAACUUCCGUUUCGGAAUGGAUAGUGAGCUACGGGACUCUAUUCUGCAGAACGAUUGGUCUCGGCAAAAGUAUACCGAGUUCUUCCGUCGGCGGAAGACAUGUAACAGUCGAUGGGAGAAGUUGUGGAGGGUACAAACAGCGGGAGAGUCAUUCAGCGAUCCGAUAAUUCUGGACUGA